AUGAAUCUUAGCGAGCCAAGUCACACUGUUGACAAAGUAGCAAGCAACAUAGACGACCAGCAAGUCAGCCAGGCAUGGGAAGAGUGCAAAGGAGACCACAGUCAAGAUGACUCACCAUCAGCACAGUCCAGGCAGAGUGAGCCUAAAUAAGCACUCCAGAAGCUUCUCAAUCGCCCAGCACGAAUACAAGAUGAAGAAUCCUGAUGAUGUGCGCCUCCCGAGUUGGUGUGACAAGAGCCAUGCUUUGAAACAAAAUUACAAAGAUUGCAUCCUUCUGGCUCUUCAGUGAGCGAUAUCCGUUUGAACAGUGAUCACUGCCAUAGUCGAUAUUGAAAUGAUUCUGCCAACCGAAGACAACACUCAGUUCAAGUAUUCUGAAGCCAAUCUUGGAUUAAGGAUUGUCUGACUAUUAUUCAACAUAUUGGCAGCUUCCAUUUAUAUCACAAGAAGGUACUUCCAGAUUUUACAAGAACGCGAGAUCUACAACUGGAACGCUGAGGAGCAAAGACAAAUACCAAUGGAUCUUUCUGAAGCAUCAGUAGAUUCAGCUGAACCAAAAAUGAUUGAGUGGAAACAUAUCUGGAAUAUCAUAAUUCUGUUGGCAUCAUUUCCUCCAGGAAGUUUACCUCAAAUAACAGUUGGCAACACUAAAUACGACAUUUGUGUGAUCUUGUUUUUGUUUGUAGCAGUGAAGCUGUACUUUUGAUUUGAAUUAAUUGGACAUUUGACACAAUACAACACUCUAUGAGCAAGAGAAAUUCAUCGGAAGCAUGGAGUAGAUAUAACUUUACCCUAUCUCUUUAAAAUCUACUUGAAAGAGAAACCUCUGUCUUGACUAUGAAUAAUGUCUCUCAUCUCAAUCAUCAGUCUUGCAUAUCUUGUCAGAAUUUAUGAAGUGCCUUAUUAUCUCAACAAGAAUGGAGAAGCAUUAGAUAGUGCAGACAAAUACCAAGACUUCUCAUCAUUCAGCAACUCAUUAUGGUUUGUUGCGGUAUCUUUAUCAACGAUCGGAUUUGGAGACUUUUACCCAGUAACUAUCUUAGGAAGAACCACAAUAAUGACAGGAGUUAUUUUCAUUGGCUCUUCGAUAAUGUCACUGAUGUCUGAAAUUCAAGAUUUUGGAAAAUAA